AGUUGCGGAAUAUACGGGCGUUGGGUCGGUUGUAUAUACUGUACAUAUUUGUGAGUUGUGAAGGCCAGUCAGUUGUAUGAACUGCAGUUUCAAUAAUUCUAUGCAUGUAAAACGGGAGACAAGUUUGCGCCUUUAAAAUUGAUCUAAUAAGUGCCUGAAUUGACUACCCUACUCGGAUUUGUUUGGAGCUACAGUGGAAUUAUCGUUGAUGGAUCUAUAUUUGAAAAUAUCAUCAAAAAUGAAAAUGACUUAACUGUAUCUCUAUAGUCAGUAGCGGAAUUUUUCGUAUAUAAUUCCAGCUUGCAAGUUUCGAAGGUUUGGUUUUGUCGAUAAUCAUAUACUGGUUAAUGCUAGGCUUAUAUUUAUCGUACUUAAUAUGCAAUCUUGUCAAAAUCCUAAUAUAUGAGAUCCUGAUUGGACUCUUGACACUAUCAAUGAGUCUGUCCUGUUGUAAAGGCUAAAACGAGUUCUAUUAGUUGUUUGUUUAUUACCAUUAGCCCUUUAUAUGAAGCCACAGUGGGUAUAUAUAGUACAAACACUAUAUGAUUCCCGUUUUGUUGGUAACAUUCGUGAACGAAGAUCUGCCAGGUUAGGAUCCCGAAAGACGAUCACUUUGUACUAUUGAUCAGGUUCUUGUAAUUUCAUGUCGGAUACUCAUCGUUAUAUUGAUAAGUAAUACAGUAUAGUUGGCUAAGCCCAUUAGUGGUUUCUUUGUAAGCAUAGCACUUACCUGUAAAAAUAUGCUUUCUGUUGGUCAUAUAUCACUUAUUCUACCAACAAUAUCAAAUAGUCGAAAAACUCCCACUGUACUGGUAACUUUCUUGUUUACAUCCUCACUUACCAGGGCUAUGUUAAUUUAUGUUCUGAGUAUCCUUGUGGACAUAAUCAAACCUAAUAAACAAAAACGUUCCUUUCAGAUGAACUUGGAAGUAGUUAGGUGCAGAAACUUUGGAGCAUGAUGAUUGUUUAACCUCAAAUUCUUCAUAAACCCAGACUAUCCCAGCAGGUAAUGCCAUGUAACCUCUGUACUUGUACAUCUUUCCAAGUGAAACGAAUCUGUGGCAACAGGAAGGAAAAAAACUAUCAUAGGACCUUAACACAAAGUAUUGUCAAAAUGAGGAUUAAGAACCCAUUCUACACACCCUCAAUAAAAUCCGACUUCUAGUUAUGUUUUUUUUUGGCUGUCUACCUUCAGAACUCCAUUUUGAAUAUUACUAGUGUAAACCAACCUUAACGUGCCCUGAUCAUGUAGCUUAUUCAUGCCCAACGUAGAAUCCAACAUUUUUAUCGGUCUAAGUUGUGACUACGAAAUAUAUCCAACUUUUUUAGGGUUGGUGAUCGAUACUUCCUUGGUAGAUCUAUUCUUUUCAAUUUAGCAACCGAUAGAUUUGCCGAAUUUUCUUGAGGACAACGCCUCACAUCUUUCAUUUUGUUCCUGGGUUUCUCGUAAACUUGUCAUCCUGGAUAAGGGACUGUGAAAUCACUACUAUUUUGUCCAGACCACGAUAGUAUAGUGGUCAGUUAACAGAUAAUCAGAAGAUAUUUGAAGCACUGUCCAAUGAGUUGUGAAUGUCGUCUAAGCUACAUGUUCAGAAUUUCCUCAAUGUCUUCCUUUUUCGACGAAGACUGUUAAGUACUUAUUUAAACCAGUUUAUGUCACAAAAGCUUCUGACUAGUCUUAGUUCAGAUUUCGUAGGUGGUAGUUAUAAAUUGAUAAGUGGUUGGACUUCAGAUCAGAUCAACCUAAGUAAGUUUAGUGUAGCCUUUAAGGUACGUAGACCAAUGUAGGUCAGCUUUGAAGAUGCUUCUAGUCCAACUUCUUAAUAUAAGAAAAUCGAUCCAACUGGUAACCAAAGCACAUGUUGUCUAACAGGUUAAUGAACAAGAGUGAAAACGUCCUUCUAGGGGUUCUGUUAUGUCUCAUUUCAUGCUUUCGUUUUUUUGUAAAACGCUACUGUCAUAAAGAUCACUAAACUAUAGCUUCAGGCUUAUUUGACAUCUAGUUCAAUUGUGCUCUUAUGGUUGAAAUAGAACUAGCCUUCAAACUAUUCAAUUAUUUUUAUCCUUGAACUAUUGCUUGCCUUCUGUGGCAACACGAUGUCAACAAUGCUGAGGUUCACAGACCAAUGUUUAGACUUGGCAGAAGAAAAGCAUGAACAUACUAGCUGAACAAAGCCCCAUGGAUUGCCCAAAAAGUUACAUUAUCAAACCUCAGAGACACUGAUGGCUGGACUAAGCCGUGUAGAAUUUCGUAAUCAAAAUCUUAGGUCCGACACUAAGUGACAGGAUUCAAAAUUAGUUGCUUCAGUUACGUUUACCCUUCUUUAGGCUUUGUGUAUUUAUACUAUUCAACACCACUUUCCGACUGCAUCCGUUUCACACUACCGUUGAUACUGUUUGAAAUCAUUUAUCUCUCGUUGUCAGUUCCGUCGCUGUAUUGACGUGACAUUGCCACCUUUUUUCAAUACACCUUUGUCCCAUUUUUUUCUGUUACUGUGCCUAGAUAGCACUGAUAUGACAUCAGUAUGCUAACUAGGUGUAUGUUGAACUAUUUAACGUUACCCUUUUGGCUUUAAUUCUUGGGGACCAAAAGUUUUCCAGUUUUUCUGAAGCGUACAUUUGGCCAUCCCUGGUUCGAAAAGUUUCAUAUAAUUUUUCAGGGUAUCUGUAGUACAUGGGUAGUACACAGACAUUUCCUGUCUGAUACAAUCUCAAUUCUAAUAAUGGGAUUCUAAAAAUCAAAUACUAAGGUCGCCUUGUAGCUCAUGCACUGAAAUGAUCAGAUUUUUAUGGUUUAGAAUCCAUUUCCCAAUCAGGUCUUAAGUUUGUAUCAUCUAAUGUGUCAUCCACUGACUUUUCUGGCAUAUCUAUACGAGUUUGUUUAUGUUUACGCACACAGAGUUACAAGUAUUUGGUCAUUGUUUACAAAUUAAAGUUGAAGGGGACUAGGUAUCUUAAGCUAUCUUACCCUUCACACCUCUUCAAGUUACGCUUAUAAGUUAACCUUAAAUAUUCUGAGUAUAGAAUGAACGUAAAACGUUAUGAUUACGUAUUAGUCCUAGUCGUCACAUUACACCAAAGAAAACCAACGAAAAAAGCUGAGGAAAUGAAAAUAGUGAUGCAGAAAUUGUGUCCUCAUAAAAAAGAUGUUCUCGAAGUAUAUCCGUGAUAUGUUCUCUCCAGGACUAGUCAAAUUAGCAUUUGCGAAAAAAAGUGGUAACUUACACUCCAUUUGAUACUGGCACCAUGUUUUGAUCGAGUAGUCUACGCCUUUGUUCCAAUCUGAUGGUAUUCCGACUAGCUUUGGACGUGUAAGCAGGAAUGUGCCGUAUGUCACAAUCAUUGUUGUGUGAUAUUCAUGACCACACUUUCUCACACUCCCUUUACUUUCUGUUCGUUUAUUUUAUUAAUUGAUAUUAAUGAGCUAUUUAUCAUACACUUAGAAAACUAGUACUGUCUCAAGACAAUGUUUAGACUCUUCGAUCUUCAUCUUUUAAAGCUUCUUACAAAACGUGAUAAAUGUCAACGUUAAGCCAAUGACCAGAGUGCUUAGUUAUUAACCAUUAUGCCACGGAAUCUAGCGUGCCUGUUUAGAUUUGGGCAGCCCGACAGUAUGCCUGGAUCUCACACAGGGAAAGUUCGGUUCAAUUGUUGUUCAUGCACCUGUAUUUCGUAAUGUUUUACUCAUUAAGUUUCAAAUAGGAAUAAACGAAUACCAUCCAGCCACAAGUCUCGUAGAACUUACUACUCUGUGUUAUGGUCUUAUGACUUAUUUCUUGGGACUAUUGUGUGUAUUUAUCGGACUCUUUUUCCUAUGACAUUAGUUCAAUAAUGUUUACUAUGUAGCCGAAAUGCAUCUAGAUCUUGAUUCCUCAGUUAUUUCCUUUUUUGGUUCGAAUCAAUUUCCUCUCACUAGUUUUGUCAUUUAUUCAUCUUUAACUUCAAUAGGUCUUCUUAUUUUUCUAGCCCCAUUUGAGCUUUGGCUCUACAACCUGUGUACAUACUUGGGAUUGGUGAGGGUAUCAAGUUAACACAUGUCAGCUGAAGAGGCGGCUCGUGUUACUCCAGACCUGACAGGCUUGUUAUCUACUUCAAUACCACCCCCGGGAUUUUCAGUUGGCGGUUCCACAACUUCUUUGGGUGAUUUGACAAUAACCACUCCAGGUUCCAGUUCCAUUAAUUGCAAAUCGCUAAGUAUUGGUUAUCAUCCUCAUUGGCCUGCUGCACUCCCUGAUCUCAAUCUGUCUGUUUUUCAAGAUGGCGCUCCUCAGCUCCCUGAUACACUCUGUCUAACUGAUGAUGAUGCACUUGAUAUAGCUGCCAACUGUGCUAACUCUACAGGUGUAUGCUUAGAUAUGCAAACAAAGGAGAACAUUGAUGAUUGUAGCUCUGAUCUACCCCAUCACUUUCAUAAUCUAUCCAUAAUCGGUUCUUCUCGGGCUAAUCAGAUCUGGGCUGUUGGUGCAGAGCGUCGAAUAAGUACAACACCUGGAAGUGAUACUGCUGGGGGAAGCAAUUGCAGUUCUGGGCUGCUUUCUUGUUUCGGAGACUCACAUUGUAGUGUUGGUUCAGGCAAUUUCAGUGCCAACGGAGUAAAUUACAAUAGCGCAGCUAGUGGAGAGGCUCAUUCGUUUGCGGGUAGUGGUGUCACUGGGGACAUAACUCCUCUACCCGGACAGCUUGGACACCUCACUGCUUCCAAUGGGACAGCCGUCCCUGGUAGGUUAGAGAACCAACACCCUCAAGAAAACGCUAACAUGGCACCAUUUGAUUUGUUAUCCAUCUGGGAACCUCGCCAAAACAAUUCGCAUCACGUUUGGUUACCUGAUCCUUCACAGGACCCAGUUACAGCAGAUACAGCCGUAGGAAAUUGCGCCGCCAGCAGAAAUAAUUGUCAGGAAGAACAAGAUAAUCAUAACCAUUUAGGUUUAGGAAUUGAUAAUGGAGCCGAAAAUGAAGUGCUUCCAUGGAAUUGGGAUACAGCUUGUGGUCUAGCGAAUACAACUUCAUGGCGUGAUUUGUUUCCCGAAUGUAAGGACACUGAACCGACUAACUUACCGUAUAACAACUCAGAAACUGAUGGUAUAAACCAUUCAAAUGCACCAGAGUUUGGAGCUCAUGCACCUUCAGGUCUGUGGUCAUCAUCUAUACACAACGUCACAUCAUCUAUGUCAAUUUCAGCAUCUUCGCCUCUGAGCACGCAACCUGGCAUUCUUUUUGGGUCUGCAAUGGGCCUUGUUUCGGAAUCGAAUGACAUCGACACCUUACAACAUUCACAUCGAGUUCUUCAAGAUCAGUCUGAUGCAUUUAAUGACGUUACAAUGCCUAGAUCAAAUGCAUCAUUGUUUGCACAAUCUAAUUCUACUUUGAUCAAUUCUCGUUCAACUGCUUUUCGUGGCUCAUCAGUGUCCAAUUCUGAUUUGAAUUCCAUGUCCGAUACCAUUACGUCAAAUCUAUUCCCAUUACCUUCAAGUACAGCCAUGCCAAAUUCAUUGCUUGCUAUCCCUCCACUGUUUCUUUUCGGUCAGUCAGCUGAGUCUGAGUGUUCAGGACUUAUCACACCUUCAGCAAACAUCAGUACUUUGCCAGCAUCAUCAACACCUCUUCAAAUUCCUGUUUCCUUUGUCGGUGGUCAAGGUUCUGCUUUCGGACCACCCUUUCAGCUAAAUGAGGCUCACAUUAUGAAUGAUAUUUAUACAAAAUAUCCAGGUAUUUUGCCGCCACCUGGCUUAUGUGCUGUUAGUUCACCUUCAUCGAGUAAUUGUACUACACCAACUUUAUCCUCAGUUGCGGCCGUAUCAGCCACAUCUUCAGUUUCUCAGUUACCACCAGGAAAUUUCGAAGGAAAUCCACUUUGUGAAUCCAGUGUUGUAAACAAUAAUUUUCCAUUUGGUUAUAAUAUGCCGCCCACAUCUCAACUAAAUAUGAUGGACCCGCAAUCAAUGGCUAUGGCUAUGACACUUUUUAUGUCACAAGGAGGUGCAGCUAAUAAUAAUAAUAACAAUAAUAAUAGUCAAAUUCCUCCACCACUUUCACAAGCACCACAGUGGAAUCAUGUUGCAUUCAUGAUCAUGCAACAAUUAGCUAAUGGUAUGGCAAACAAUCCAGGCUGCGUUGUAUCAUCAGCUUCGAAUGCAGUUAUUGAUAAUAUUACACCAUCCGCAAAUGGUAAUAAUAUCGUAGAUCAAUCACGUCUUGCCGCUGGAGCUUUUGCUUUUUUCCAAGCUCAACAACAGUUAAUGAAUGCUGCACAACAACAACAACGACAUAGCACCGCUCUGAGUGGUGGUAGCGUUGUAUCAAAUAAUUCUUCAAAUUGUAUUGCUCCAACUGUCACUUCGUCGACACCCCUAGUUGCUCCGUUCACAUCUAGUGUUGUCACAAAUUCAUCUAAUUAUUUUGGAGGCCUGUAUUCUUCCGGUUCGGUUGUUGCUGGAUUAAACCCAGGCAACUUUUCGAUACCUAAUGGAAUAAACCUAUUACCACCAGUUGGUCUUCUACACCCGGAAGCAAGCGGUAGUCCCAACUCGGUGGCUGGAGAUGUAUCUAGUUACAGUCGUAUGCCUAUUUCGCAACCUCCUGGAGCUUUAGCUGUUAGCAUGCAUAUUUCUCCAACAUCACCAUCAGGACUUCAAAGACCUCCUUUAUCUGCUUCAACCGGAUUUUCAUCAGCCACACCAUAUCCAUUCAAUUUCGAUGCAUCGAUGCAUAAAAAUCGUGCUUUUGCUGCCGCCUUUGCUGCUGCAUCGGGUGUGGCUGUUACUGCUACCCCACCGCCUGGCAUGGGUCCCAACCCUAAUCUUCGACCUACUGGAGUGAACCAUCCGGCCCUCUUAGGAACUAGAGCUCCAGUUCCACCACCCCUUAUGCCUGUAGUUACUGGUCGUAGUCCUGGUCUAUUAUCUGCCGUACAUUCUCAAACUGUUCAACAAAGUCAAAAUUAUGCUGCUGCUCUUCAAUCACACCAAAAUAUCAACCAGCGACUUCCAGCCCCUUUACUUUCACCACUUCCUUUGACUUUAUCUGGUACUGCUUCUUCAAGGCCUAGUUCGGUUGUUGGUGUGAACAUUACUACAUCUACUCCACUCGUUGUUACCACUGUGUCUAGCCGAAGUCAACUUUUGGAGGAUUUUCGAAAUUCAAGUGCACGAUUCCAACACAUGCAUCUGUCAGAGUUACGUGAUCAUAUGGUCGAAUUCGCCCGUGAUCAACAUGGAUCUCGAUUUAUACAACAGAAAUUAGAGACCGCUACUACCACUGAAAAAAAUUCAGUCUUUAAUGAAAUACUACCACAUUCUGGCAAACUAAUGACUGAUGUAUUUGGCAACUAUGUGAUACAAAAGUUUUUCGAAUUCGGAACAAAAGAGCAAAAAGAACUUCUCUCGCAACGUUUACAAGGUCACGUUGUUGAGUUUGCUACUCAAAUGUAUGGUUGUCGUGUUAUACAAAAAGCAUUAGAAUCUGUACCAGCCGAGGCAAAAAUACACAUAGUUGGUGAACUGAGACCAUUUGUAACACGGUGUGUAAAAGAUCAAAACGGGAAUCACGUUAUUCAAAAAUGCAUUGAAUGUGUUCCACCUUCAGAACUUGAUUUUAUUAUUUCAGCUUUUCGUGGCCAAGUGGUUUUACUUUCAUCACAUCCCUAUGGUUGUCGAGUUAUUCAGCGCAUUUUGGAACAUUGCCUACCGGAACAAACACGUCCUAUUCUUGAUGAACUACACAAAGGUGUGGAACAUUUGGUCAAAGAUCAGUAUGGCAAUUACGUCAUUCAAGUAAGACUUUAAUAAUGUAAUUAUGUUAAACCAUAUAUAAUUUAUUAAUUUUGUGUCGAUUAAAUCAAUCUUUUACAAUUCCCUACCUACAACAAACAUCAAAAUGUACAUACAAUAUUGUCGAUUUAUUUAUUUCAUACUAGCAAUAUUACCUCAGUCAACAUUUAAAGCAAACCGAUUGAUUAGAUUAUGAAUCUCCAUCGAAUGAGGUCGUAUUUGCGUUUUUAAUAUUUAUUUAUUUAUUUUAACGCAUAAAUAUUGGUACAAGAGGGCACCAAAUAUAUAUGCGCCACACAGAACAAUGAGAAUGGGAAGAGAAAAAAAGAAGGUAAGGAGCGUAAAAGAAAAAAAGAAGAACGAUGACGACCAGAUUAGUGUAAGGUAGGUAGUGUAACAAUAAUAAUAAUAAUAAUGGGGGAAACGGGAAGGUUCAACCAGAAGAAUUCUUUCAGUUAAGGAAGAUAUAACCACUUUUUAUGAAGGACGCAAAAAAAAGUUACAACAGGAUAGCCACUAGCUUAUAUUCUGAGCCAUAUAUGAUAACGUCUCUAGCCACUGUGUUGCAUUAUCUCUCGGACCCCAGCCAGAGUCUUGAAGAACCAGUAGAAGCCAGCCCUUUGCAGCUUUCGUUCAUACCCCGACACCAUGUCGUACAGAUUCCCAACAACUAUCUGCAUCGACCUGUUGUGUUGGAUAGAUUAGGAGUAACUUCAAAGAAAGCUAGUGACGACUGAAAACAAUGUGGAUCAUUUCAUGAAGUUAUGCACUGUUGGUCUGAGCCAUGUCGAUCCACUCGAUAACCGAGAUCAAUUACAGUGACGUGGAAAUGCAUCUAAUCUUUAUCCUCCUGUAAAUACUAAGUUUCAACAUUCCUUAUAUACUAUCAUUUCAUUCCGUCUUUUCGAACCAUGUUCUUAAUGCUUAAUCGUUUUUACGGGCAUCUUGUCAUUGCAAAACAUUUUGUGGUUUUGGUGUGGUAUAUUAAAUUGAUCAAUACCCGUUUGAUUAUGACUAAUAAAUUAAUUAUGGUGUAGCAUUGACUUUAAAACGGUAGAAUUUUUAUUAUUGCAAAUAAUCAUAGAAUUAUUAACAAGAUCAUUCAUUGUAAUCGGCUCUCAUGUGUAUGUUAGCAGCAGCUAAAACUGUAUGUAAGUAUGCCAUUGAAUAAUGUCUUAAGUCAUGAAGUUUUGAACUUAAUUAAGAUAUAAUCUUGUCUAUACACUUCAGCUAUAUUAUAUCUUCCAUUUAUCGUGUAUUUAAUCUAUUCCUUUUUUCGUUUGACAAAUCUUCUGUAACAAUAAGACUAUUAAAGUGUUUCACACCUAGAAAACAAAAAGCCCAUUAGACCUUUUAGUAGAUGCAUAAUUACCUCGUUAACGACAUAGUCCAAUUAUACUAUUAAGCAUCUCGGAUUUCAACUAAUAUUGAAUAGGAAGCUGUGAAUGUUACAAAUUUC